AUGGCCAAAUCUGCAAGACGAGCCGGAAAGGCAAAGGCCUCCGUAACCCCCUCCGUAUCAUCAUCAGGCGCUUCAACUCCAAGCUCACAAUCGGGCCCCCUUCCUCCGUUCACCAAAGCUCCCGCGUCUCUCCAGCCCUUCCUCGAGCCGCUCUCCCCGAAGGAAGUGUACCUCGUCCACAUCGACGCCUCUCCCAAAGACCUCAAGCAGCAGACCUUCCUCGCACCCACCGUACUCAAUGUUGUGAUCGCCGCUCUCUUAGCUUUCCGGGCCUACAUGGUCCGCAAUUUCUACCCGGCACUCUUGGCCCCGUUGGUCGGGCUCACUAGCACGGUGGCUGUAGACACGUCAACCAUGUCAUGGGGGGAAAUGGCGAACGUAACCCUGCGUCGAACGGGCAACAUCGUGAUCGACUACUUUCUAGUGACGAUUUUUCUAUCUUGGCCAAUUGGUUUCGUCAAGGGCCCUGUCAAGUGGCGCUCCACGAUCGGCUUCCGUGACCAGGAGAUCAUUGUCCGCCGCAGUCAGCCCACUUUGAGCCGAGGAUUGGACCGCAGCCGUUGGAUCAAGGACGACGAAGAAAUGAGAGACAAGAUUGUCGCUGCGGUAACACCGGACCGAAUCAAGAAAACUGGUUACUUGCUCGUGGAUGCAGACUGGAACCUUGACUAUGAUGCUAUGAUCAAAGCACACGAGCUGGUAGACAACGCAAAGAAAGACGACGGACUGUCGUUGGAGGAGUUCCGGACUGCCGUAAUCGUGAACACAGACGCCGAUGGCUGGUUGAUCUGGCACGUGGAAGAUGAGGACACGCCCGAAGGAAGGGAGCGAUCGGGCCAGCGAGACCAGAUCCUGGCGUUUAAAGAGAAAUUGACGAGCAUGGGUAAAGAAGACCUCUUCUUCCGUUGGGUGGAGUUGAUUCAGUAUGAAAGCACACGGCCCGGAGGGUUUACUCCCGAGAGGCAGCAGUCGGCGAUGGUGCAAGCAAAGAAACUCUUCGAAGAUGAAAACGUUGAUUUUGCUCGCUUUUGGGAGGAAGUCGGUGGGUUGCAGGGUUUUACUGAGCAGCUUGAUUGA